GACCGGAAGUUGCGUUGGCGGGCGGGGACGGAAACGAGGGACGGACCGGAAAUAGGGUGGCGGGCCGAAAGAAGGACGGACCACAUCCCUCCUUCCUCUGUGAAGAUGGCGGCCGCGAGGUGGAGGUCAUACUGUAUUCCAAGCUGAAGGUGUUGGCAGGAGCCCGAGAUGUCCCAGGCAACGAAGAGGAAACAUGUGGUAAAGGAGGUUCUGGGAGAUUAUGAUCCGCCCUCCGAGAUACAACAGAUUGUGCGGGUGCUCGGCUCGCCAGGGAACAACCUGCACGAGGUGGAGACGGCCCAGGGGGAGCGGUUCCUCGCCAGCAUGCCGACCAAGUUUCGCAAGAACAUCUGGAUCAAGAGGGGCGACUUCCUAAUCGUGGACCCCAUCCAGGAAGGUGAAAAGGUGAAAGCUGAAAUUAACUCGAUCCUGUACAAGGAACACAUCAAGCAGCUUAGGAAAGACGGGCUCUGGCCUGCCACUUUCUGUGACCCAGCAACAGAGUGCCCCGAGAGUAACACAAAGAAAGAUGGAAGUAACCGGGGCUCGGAGGAAGAGUCGGGGGAUGAUUCGGAAGAUGACAGUGACUUGUUUGUCAACACAAACCGAAGGAAUUACGAGUAUUCAGAGAGCGAGGACGAAGAGGAUGACGAGGAGGAGCAGGGAGUUUAGAGGACAGGACAGCAGCAAAUGCUUAUUUUAAUAACUGCAGACAAACCAUUGAUUUUUUUUAUUCUCAAACACUGCAGAAGGGGCAAACGCGUCGUCUGGGUUUGCGGGGGAGAAGGAGAGGAGUCCUUUCUGCGUCUUACCCCCUCUCCCACUGCCUUGCAGCAUGUUCCCCCUGCAGGUAUCCAUUUGAAACCUGUUCCUGCACCAGGCUGGCUGUGUCAUUAAUGCGUCUUCUGGCAGCUUGAUCCUCCCCCCGCCAAUGACCCCUGACAGCCAGUCCAUCCCUGUUCACCUCCCCCACCCAAUCAAAUUGACUGAGGGGCUUUGGACCUCGAUGACAGCCAGUUGAUUGUGGGAUAGGAGGCUAAAUGGGACAUUUGGCCGACUAUUGGGAGGGUUGAUGUUGUUUGUGUGUGCGCGCGCACACGCUGCAGUUGACCAGCUCGAGCCUUUAAUCUUCCUGUCGCUUAUGGAGCGAUGCACUGAGAAGGGCAGCCUCUUAUAUUCUGGAGAGAAUACCGUUUGUACUUAAAAAAAAAAAAAUAAAUAUUGCUGAGAAAUGAA